AUGAGAACAGGUUCUUACAUACUAAAAGUUCUUCAGACUGAUUACUUUCUUUUUCUUCAUAAUUUCAUCAAUUAUACAGUUUGUGUAGCUUUAGGAGUUGCAGUUUUGAUCAUCACAAUAUACUGCUUUAGAAGGGGACUGUGUAAGAAAGGAUCUACAGCUCAUCAAGAAUUUGAGACCUUUCUUAGGAAUCAUGGACCAGUUGCUGUAAGAAGAUAUAGCUACUCUGACAUAAAGAAGAUGACCAACUCCUUUGCAGAAAAAUCAGGACAAGGAGGAUAUGGAUCUGUUUACAGAGGAAAGAUACACGAUGAGUGUCCAGUUGCUGUGAAGGUGUUGAAUAGCUCAAAAGGUAAUGGAGGGGAAUUCAUAAACGAGGUAGCAAGCAUUAGCAGAACAUCUCAUGUUAACAUAGUCACUCUAUUAGGAUUUUGCUUUGAAGGAUCUAAGAGAGCAUUGGUAUAUGAGUUCAUGUCUAAUGGAUCCUUGGAGAAGUUCAUAUAUGGGAAAAUUCCCAUGGCAGUAGAAAACCAAUUGAAUUGUGAAACCUUAUACCAAAUUGCAAUUGGUGUGGCCCGAGGAUUGGAGUAUUUACAUAAAGGAUGUAACACUCGAAUUUUCCAUUUUGACAUAAAGCCUCACAACAUACUAUUGGAUGAGAAGUUCUGUCGUAAGAUAUCAGAUUUUGGACUCGCAAAAAUCUGUCAAGGAAAUCAGAGUUUUGUGUCUAUGUUGGAAGCAAGAGGAACUGCAGGGUAUAUUGCUCCUGAGGUAUUUUCAAGGAAUUUUGGUGUGGUGUCUCACAAGUCCGAUGUUUAUAGUUUUGGAAUGAUGGUUCUAGAAAUGGUUGGAGGAAGAAAGAAUAUUAAUGUGGAAGUUGAGUGUUAUAGUGAAAUAUAUUUUCCAUAUUGGGUUUACAAGUGUUUAGAAAGAAAUCAAGAGCUCGCACUAGAAUGUAUUAAAAAUGCAAAUGAUAAUGAGAUCGCAAGGAAGAUGAUUUUGAUAAGCUUGUGGUGCAUACAAACGGACCCUUCAGCUCGUCCAUCAAUGAAUCAAGUGGUGGAUAUGUUGGAAGGAAACCUUGAAUCAUUGCAAAUGCCACCAAAACCAUUCUUAUCUUCGCCAAGAUCAUCACCAGUUCAUUACUCAACUUCAAACCUUGAGUGUGUCAGUGUCAAUGUCAACCUGUGACUAACUAGACCCUGCCACAGGUUUAUAUUUUCCACAAGAAUAGUCUCUCCAAUCUCAAUAUAUCAAUUUGAAUUUUCAUUGUUUUAACUUUAGCUGAUGAUAACUAUGAUAACUAUUGACAGUUUGUAUUUGUAUAUAUUCAGUUUAUUCACAAAUC